AUGGAUCGCUGUAUGAAGAGUUGUUUUUGCUUAUUUUCGCGAAGAGCCAUUGUAAUUAACUCUUACAACUCUACUGUUCUGCCUGCUAUUUAUAUCGAGAGAUGCAAAAGUCAAACUAAGCAAUUGAACAGAACUCCAAGUACGGCUCCCGGGGUGCGUCCUGUGCAGCGAUUGCAAUCCAUAAUUAUAUCCACGAAGGAACGCGGCUUUGUAGGUCUGAACAUGUCUCUUGGGUGCCGCGCUAGGGCGGGGGAAUCCGGUCUCCUAUCACUCUAUUUCUGGGUGCGUGGAACAGCAACGGAGUUUUUGGGUGAGUGCUUUAACAUGAUGGUGAAGAAACAAAGAAGGGAAGAGACGGUUAUUUAUGGAUUACAGCAAUAG